AUGCCAAAUUAUCUGUUUGCUCUUGGGUUAUCUAUACUUUUAGUGAUUCACUCUCGACGUAAAAAGUCAUUGUCGCCUAAUGGCGCUGCUGGUGCGUUCAUUCUUGGGAUGGCCACUUUUACGUCAACGUAUGCGUACUUUACAGUCGUGCUUUUGACAUUUUUCCUCGCGAGUUCAAAGUUGACGAAGUUUAAAGCAGAACGGAAGCGAUUGUUGGAGGCAGACUAUGACCAUUCAAGCGAACGAACGCUGAUUCAGGUCGCAUGCAACGGAUUGACUGGUGGUAUUAUUGCCGCGCUAUUUCAAGUUCUGUAUGAAGGCAACUUGUCGUGUUUCGAUCAAGACCGAAAUAGUUUGAUACUGUUUUGGGCAUACAUGGGUCAUUACGGCUGUUGUGCAGGCGAUACGUGGGCAAGUGAAUUGGGUAUCCUGAAUCGAUCCUGGCCUAUCUCAAUUAUCCGGUUCAAAAAAGUGCCUCCAGGAACAAACGGCGGCGUGUCGCCAUUGGGCCUGGCCGCAUCUAUUGCUGGGGGCGCGGCUGUUGGAUUGGCCGGUGCCAUCACAUUGUGGAUUCAGCAACCGUGUCAUGGCACUCCAUGGGAUAUUGUGCUUUUGGGUGCUUUGGCUGGUCUCGGCGGUUCUUUGAUCGAUUCCAUUCUCGGCGCAACUGUUCAACGAACCUUAUACUCUGAGAAGCAAAAAAUGGUCGUAGAAGAUGAAAAGGAUGCCUCAGUGAUUAGCGGCUUGAACAUUUUGGAUAACCACCAGGUGAACUUUGUCUCCUCGGUUCUUACAUCUGCAAUUUGUGGUGCAGCAGCAUAUUACAUGCACUAG